AUGUCUCAGGAAGAAGUCGCCCCAGUCCUUGUUGCCGGAGCAGGCCCCGCGGGAUUGACCCUUGCUCUCAUCCUCGCGAAGAGCGGCGUCCCCGUCCGUAUCAUCAACAAAGCCUCAAGCUUCCAUAAGGAGCAGCGUGGUCUCGGCCUGCAGCCCCGGACACAGGAGAUCUUCCACUUCCUGGGUGUCUUGCCGGAGAUGCGGACCUUGGGAAUCGACCUGCAGCCGCUCAAGUUCUACAAGUUUCCGGGCGGGAAAGAGGUGCUGACGACGCUGCAUCUUGUCAUGCCGGAGGACCCCACGCCCAGUCGGCCGUUUAACAACCCCAUUCAGGUGCCGCAGCAUCAUACCGAGGCUGUGCUGCGAUCGCAUCUUGCGAAGUACGGCUGCUCGGUGGAGCUGAACACGGAGCUCAUCGCGCUUGAGCGGUUCGACGAUCACGUCGAGGUCACUGUCAAGAAAACCGUGGACGGCGAGGAGGUACUCGAGACGAAGAGUUACCGAUGGCUCAUCGGCGCGGAUGGGGGCAGAAGUGUGGUGCGUAAGCAGAGCGGGCUCUCGUUCGAGGGAGAGUCCAGUCCGGAGAAAGCGGUACUAGGAGAGGUGUACUUGGAUGAACUGGAUCCCUAUCACUGGCACAUGUGGCUCAAGUAUACAGAUGGCCCGCCGACGAACCUACUCAUUCGUGCGACGGAAGUCAAGGGGAAGUUCUGGUUCAUGCUGUCCGGCAAUGUCGACCCGGAAAAGAUCCUGGAAAGCGACGAAUCCGUGAAGGAGGCUCUGCGGCUGGCGAGCGAACGUGACGACCUGCCCUUGGGCGAGAUCGUCCACAAGACCGACUACAGGCCCAGUGUCCGUAUGGUCAACAAGUUCAGGGAGGGGCGUGUGUUCGUUGCCGGAGACGCAGCCCACGUGCAUACACCCCGGGGAGGACAGGGCGUAAACUCGAGUGUACAGGACGCGUUCAACCUCGGGUGGAAGAUCGCCUUAGUGGAGAAAGGCCUCGCCUCACCUUCGCUCCUCGACACCUACUCUGAGGAACGAUUCCCCGUCAUCACACAGAUGCUGCAAGAGACCGUAAACAUGACGAAGGACGUCUUCACCCAAAUGCGCGACCCGGAGUCGCUCAAGUCCGCGUGGCAGCGCGGCACGCACCUGAAGCAGUUUGGCAUCAACUACAGAUGGAGCUCGAUCAUCUUCGACGAGCGGUUCAAAUCAAUCGACUCCGCCGGCGCGGAAGCGGGGGCGCUCAAUGCGUAUGGCAGUGACGGCGACGCACUGCGGGCGGGCGACCGUGCGCCGGACGCGACAGGGGUCGUGCGCAUCGGCGGCAAGGAGACUGGUCCUCAACCAACGUCGCUCUUCGCCACGUUCAGUCCAACCCAUCACACCGUGCUCAUCUUCGGUGCGGAUGCUGCAGCGACAGGUCCCGUCGUCCAGAGACUGAAAACAUACCCGCCGGGCACGGUGUUCUCUGCCACCGUGCACCCGGGUGCAAGUUCCAUUGUUCUGGAGGCGGCGGGCGGUGCGGACGUAGUCCUGCAGGACCGUGAUGGCGUCGCAUACGCUGAGUACGGCAUGUCGGAAGGACAACCUUUCGUUGUGAUCGUAAGGCCGGACGGAUUCGUGGGCGCCGGUACAUCUGGGGAGGAAGGGGUAAGGAAAUACUUCGACGCAAUCUUUUCUGCUGUCGCGACAUAG